CUUCCAUCGAAGGUUAAGGCGCCGACGAAACACAGAGCAUUUCGAGUUCGCAUGCGGCGCGAGAGUAGCAUUCGGACGCCCACCGAGGGCGACUACGCGCAGCCGACGUACCUCGAUGACAAGCCCGACGUCACGGUGUACCGCGAGUCCGACAUGACAGCGCGCGAGUCCAUCAUGGACGAGCUGCCGGCGAUUCGCCUCACGCACAACGAGUCGGCGCGGAGUUUCAAGGGCCGCUACCGGGUGUGGCCUGGUGUCCUCCUCCUUCUCGGGCUCACGGCCGUCGCCGCGGUGCUCAUGGUCUACUUUGCCGACCAACAGCGCACGUCGAUGCUCGAUAUCCGGCUCGCGGUUCAGAUGCGCGAGUACAAGAUGCGUCAGAUCGACACGGGCUUGACGUCGGGGUCGGGCGCCGGCUUGCCGCCUCUGGUUGAUACCGACGGGACCGUCAACAACCCCCAAGUGUACCCACCGCAGACGUGCAAGCUGCCCAACUAUGUGAGCAAGAACAACAAGAUUUACGCGGUCGCGCCCAAUGGCACGGAAGUUCCACUGGGGAUCAAGGGUCUCAACUGGUUUGGCAUGGAAACUGGGCAAGCGAUUCCGUUUGGUCUCUGGACCAACGACAAGAACGGCACGACGGCGUUUCAAGUGGCCGAAUUCCUCGUGACCAACAAGAUCAAUAGCAUUCGACUGCCCGUGUGCAUUCAGAGCAUCGUCAACAACAUCCAGCCGAACAAGAAUCUCAUCAACUCGGCCGAGAACCGCGCGCUGGACGUGUCGUCGUAUAUGGCGCUGCUCAAAAGCAUCAUUUCCACGCUCGCGUACCGUCGCAUUUCGGUGCUUAUUUCACUGCAUACGCUCACGCCAACCGACUCGGGCGGCGCGUGGUUCAGCGACGCGGUCCCUGUCGAGAUGUUUAUGACAGCGGUCGACCUGCUCACAACCAACCUCUGCAACGACAAGUACUGGAACAUCAUUGGCCUUGAUGUCAAGAACGAGCCGCACCUCUCGACAUGGGGCGACGACGGCCCCAAAGAUUUCCGCAACGGCGCCACCGACAUUAGCCACCGGAUGCUCAAAGGCUGCCCCAACUGGCUCGCGUUUGUCGAAGGAAUUGUCAACAUGGGCCAACCCGUCUCGUUCAACGGCGUCGCCAUGACGUACAACGACUGGUGGGGCGGCGGUCUCCAAGCAGCCGGCGCCAAGCCCGUCGUGCUCAACACCGCGCACAAGGUGGUGUACGCGCCGCACUAUUACACCCCUGCCGUGUACCCCCAAGCGUAUCUCUACGGCGGAGGCACAUCUGGGCCGGGCGGCAUCAUCACCAACUACGUCGAGCUCUCGGACGCCGACCUCCGACUGCGGGUUUCGGGCACCAUGGAAGUCAUGUUUGGCCACUUGGCCAAGACCCAUGACGCAGCGAUCGUCCUCGGCGAGUUUGGCGGCCUCUACGCCUCUGACGCGCACCCACAGCGCACCACCAAGCGCUGCACCGACUAUACGAUCGAAGCGAUGUUGCAACCGGGCUACUCGGGCGGGUACGUCUGGAGCUUGAACCCCGAAAGCGCAUACCAGUUCAACCCCGCGGACGUCGCGGGCACGUUCACCGAGGGCGUUGUCCAGAUCGACUGGCGUACGGCCAAUCUACCCUUCGUCCAAGGCAUGCAGGCCAUGGACGCGCUCGCAGACCUUCGGCUCUUUCCGUGCUUUUCCUAAGUCCCCAAAUUUACUGCAUUUCUCUUUACGAAAUCAAA